AUGGGCUCGUUCAUUGUCUUCGGCAAUCUCUGGGGCAUGUCGUUCGCAUUUGGCUCAUUCCAGAGCUAUUACGAAGUCAGCUACAUUCCUGAUGAGUCCGCAAGCUCCAUCUCAUGGAUCGGAACAGUCACCAUCUUCCUUCUCAUUUUGAUCGGCGUCAUCAGUGGACCUCUUUUCGAUCUCGGAUACUUUCGGACCAUGCUCAUCGUCGGUGCUCUGGGCGAGACCCUCGGCGUCUUUCUCAUGAGUGUCAGUACCACAUACUGGCAGCUCAUGCUUACCCAAGGUGUUCUGAUGGGCCUCUCCAAUGGCCUGCUGUACCUGCCCGGUUUAGCUUUGGUGGGAAGAUCCUUCAAGAAACACAGAGCUGUCGCUAUGGGAGUUACGACGUGUGGAGCGCCGGUCGGUGGCAUCAUAUACACUCUCAUCUUCCAGCAGUUGAUUGGAAAGCUGAGCUUCGGCUGGACCGUGCGCGUCAUCGCGUUUGUCAUGUUGGCAACAUACUCAUUGAUCUCAUUUCCACUUUUGCUUUGGGGUGCAGCGAAUCUGGGAGAUAUUGCAUCCGGAUCGAAGCGAAAGUUGUUCGAUCGCGGUGCUUUGACUGACCUCCCAUUUUGGCUAUACAGUAGCAGUAACUUUCUUAUAUUCUGCGGCUACAUGGUACCCUUCAUCUUCAUUCCGUCUUAUGGCGAACUCAUUCUAGGCAUCUCGCGCAGCAUGUCCCUUUACGUGUCCAUGAUCUCUCAAGCCAGCAGUAUUCUCGGACGUCUUGUCGCGGGCUACUCGGCAUCAAGAGUCGGCGUCAUGGUCAAUUGGAUCACCUGCGUACUCGUAUCUGGUAUUGUCGCAAUCGCCUGGCACGGCGUCAACUCUUUGGGUGGCUUUAUCACCAUUGCAGCGCUCUAUGGCUGUUUCAGUGGAGCUUUGAUUCCACUGCCGCCGACUGUCUUUCCCAAAGUCUGUUCGGACCCCAAGGUCUACGGAGCCCGACUUGGCAUGGCACAAGGCUUUGGCUCUAUUGCUAGCUUGAUCGGACCUCCGAUUGCUGCAGCACUUGCUUCUGCAUCGAGCAAGGAUGGCAAGACCGAUUAUCUCGGACUACAGCUCUUUGCUGGCUGCAUUAUGGUCGCCGGAGCUUGCAACUUGUUUGUGCUGUGGUUUACGCUUAUGCGACGACGGAAUGGUGGGUCAAGAUGGGUGUGA